AUGGCCAACCACCUACUGCCAUCAACUACCAAAAAGGCAAUCGAGACAAUCGUAGGAUAUCGGUUCAAAAACCCGAACUAUCUCUGGGAAGCUCUGCAGGCUCACGGUUCCCACGUUACCAAGAUCGAUGGUCGUUUCAUCGGCGAAGGCAACAAGCGUUUAGCUCUCGUCGGAGAUUCGGUCUUAAGGCUCGUUCUGUUGGGUGAUUGGUAUCCUUCGAGUUUUUACACUGCUGGGGCAACUCCAGUCCUGGUGAAGCUUUUAUCCAAUGAGUACCUUGAUAAGCGCGGCCGAGAGCUGGGCCUCGAAACCUUCAUUGUAAAGAACCUUGCUCAAGGAAAAGUUGUGUACAAACGGACUAUGGCAUCUACAAUGGAAGGCAUUCUUGGAGCUAUCUACCUUGAUUCCGGGAAAAACCUUGAAAAAGUCGAGUCGUCCAUGUCCACCAUGGGUAUUAAGUAUAAAUGGACGGAUGAUUUGACUAUGAAUCGUGAAAAGGUAAGUCCUGACCCGAAGUAG